AGAGAACUCUCCAGCUGCGCUUAGUAACACAGUUACACGCACACACACACACACACACACACACACCCUGCUGCUUAUGUGGAAUAAAUGGCGACUUUUCUGAUCUUCUGUGUUUUAAUAACCGGCUUUUGUUCUAAUGUAAUCUGGGUUGAAGCUGAUGAAGGAGAGCAGCGAACGCUCCGGCGACAGAAAAGAGAAUGGAUCAUUCCUCCAAGGAAGCUGGAUGAGAACGUGGAUUAUACCAGAGUUGAAUUUAUUGCCAAAAUCCGUUCGGAUGAAGAGAUCAGGACGGAUAUUGAUUAUUUUCUACUAGGACCUGCAGCGGACGAAAGAUUAUUCACCGUAGGCCGAAAGAACGGCUUUGUCAAGAUCAAUGGCAUCUUGGACAGAGAGAAAGCCUCUAGUUAUGAACUCAAAGGGAGAGCUCAAUGGGCAAAUGGAUCACUCGCUGAAAGAGAUCUCGACUUGAAAAUCAUAGUUCUGGACCAGAACGACUGCCCCCCUGUGUUUAACGUUCAGGUGGUUGGUUCUGUCAAUGAGCUCAGUGAGAAAGGCACCCACAUAAUUGUCAUCACAGCCAUUGAUGCGGACGAGCCGGACACACCUCAUUCACAAAUCGCCUACGAAGUUAUACAGCAACAGCCGCCUGGAAUGAUGAUGUUCCAAAUCGAGAAGUCAACUGGCGAAAUCAGAGUCCAAAUGAACACUCUGGAUCGAGAGAUACAAGACACAUACAGACUGAUCGUCAGAGGGACAGACAUGAACGGACAAAAUUCUGAUCCGAAAAACAGACCACUGACUGGAACAGGGACUGUGACUAUAAGCAUUCUCGAUGUUAAUGACAAUGUCCCUGUAUUAGAGAAGAGCUAUUACGAGGGUAGCGUGGAGGAGAACACCCUUUAUGUGGAAGCGGUCCGGAUUAAGGCUAUAGACAUGGAUCUGAUCCACACGGAAAACUGGGAGGCCGUGUACACCAUCGUCUCAGGAAAUGAAGCCGGUUACUUCAACAUCACCACUGACUCCAAAACUAAUGAGGGCAUCCUAUUAGUCACUAAGGAGCUGGACUAUGAGCUGCUGAAAGAGGUCAAUCUGGCAGUGGUUGUCAGCAACAAGGCAGCUUAUCACAAAUCAGUGGUGAUUGACAAACCCAAGACCUACCCCAUUAAGAUCAAUGUGGUGAACAUUCCCGAAGCCCCUCACUUUCACCCCGCUGUCAAAGUUGUCUCCAUCUCUGAAGAUCGCACCACAAUUGAUCUGAGGAAGGUCAUCACCACCUACACAGCCACAGACAGUGAUACACUGUUAACCGCCACUAACGUCAGGUAUAUAAAAGGAGAAGAUGUUGACAACUGGGUGAACAUUAAUGAACAUACUGCUGAGAUCAGGCUCAACAAAUAUCCAGACCAUGAGUCGAAGUUCCUAGUCAAUGGAACAUACUACGCCAAAAUCAUAUGCAUUACUAAUGAUUUUUCACCCAAAACUGCGACUGGAACUCUUGCAAUUCAGGUGCAGGAUUUCAACGACCACUGUCCCGUUCUGAUGAGCUCAGUCGAAAAGCUUUGUUACGGCAACAGCGUAGUGUAUGUCACAGCUAAAGAUGGGGAUAAAUACCCCAAUGCAGAACCGUUUGAAUUCAAAGUGGUUUCCCAGAGCACAAAAGAGAACUGGAGUGUCGAGCGUCUGAACGAAACGACGGUUAUUUUGCGUAGCCAGGAGAUCCUGUGGCCAGGAUAUUACACAGUAGGACUGGAUGUGCAAGACCAGCAAGGAAAGUCCUGUGAGGUUCAAAAACUUCAGGUAGAUGUGUGUACAUGCAUUGAAGCACAAGUGUGCCAAGCUGAAAGACAGACCAGCAACAGUUCUGUACUGGGAGCUGGAGGAGUUCUGGCAUUGCUGUUAGGAAUCCUGCUUCUCUUGUUGAUUCCGUUGAUUUUGCUGUUGUGCGAGUGUGGAGGAGCUGCAGGUUUUGGACACUUCCAGGCUUUCCCGUUUGAACAAAAACAGCAACUCAUCACCUAUCACACUGAAGGCCAGGGAGAGGAUAAGAAUCUAGUACUGCUGUCCAAGCCACGUGUGGAUGUAGAUGGUGGUGGCGGCGGUGGGCAAUUGACAUCUGGAUUGGGAGCACAUGAAGACUGGAGAAAAUAUGGAUGGGAAUCUUAUGAAGAAUACAUGAACAGCCAGUGGUGUAGUAAAUAUGAUGAGUAUAUGAAAAAACAAAAAAAUGGUUUUGGAGGACAUGCAGGAAUUUUUACAGCACGCAGCUUUGAAGGCAUGGCUCUGUCCGAGACUUAUUUAGGCAACUACUACGAAAGGAAAACACAGGAGAUGGUGAUGCAGGAAGCUAGUCAAGACCUCCUGCUCAUAUCUAGCUAUGAGACCUGCAACUCAGUCACAGGUUCUUUAGAGGACUUGAGCAUCUGUAUGCAGGAGGAAAACAAUCUGGAUUUCCUCAAUGACCUGGGGCCUCAGUUCAGAAGGCUUGCAGAGAUUUCCUGUGGCUCAGCCAUUGAACUGGACUUCAGCUCCACUUCUACACCUUCCAAAAUAAUCUCAUCCAGUUCACAAGUUGGCAUCAAAGUGGAUGGUGCUGCUGCUGCUUCUGGUAUCCACAGUGAGGCGACCUCUGUUUCCGAAUCCAACUCGUCCUCGACCACCCAAAUUACAACUUCAAGGUAUGGAGAGAAAAUUAGCAGUGGCAACGUCACAUCAGCAGCCACUGCAGGCCAAACUCUGCUCGUCCAGCAGCCUACUGUCUACCUUUCAUCAGCCCCUAUGUACCUAGUCGAGAAUCGGCAACAGCCCACACUGUUUCUGGCUUCCGGUGCAGUGCUGGGUGUUCAGGAAAGCAACGUGGUCCUUGUGGAGAAAGGGCAUACUAACAUGUCAAUCGCUGCCCAGAACUCCCUUCCCAGGCUAGGGCUGCAGCAAUCAAACACCAGAGUAUUGGUAGACCAGGGUUUUGGAGGCAGAGUGGUAAAUGGGAUCUCAGGUCACCCUGAGGCUCAGGGCGCUGUUUCUACUACUGUUCAGUAUGUAGAGAGCAGACAACUAGAAAGCACAGAACCUGUGCACGUUAUGCAGAGCUCCCCAAUCUCCAUCACUAGCAAAAGUCAAAGUAUGCAAGCUCAAGGGGAAAUUGGAGGGGUCAUGGCUCCAGGAAAAACUUCGAGUGCCCUUUCGUUGUCACAGCAAGAUGUGCCUCGGUUCGCAAAGUCAAGCAGUGGCACUCAGGUGCUAGAGGAAAGAGUUUCGGUUGUCAAGAAAAGUUUCCAAUCAAGCUCCACCUCCUAAUGCAGCCGCAAACACACUCGCACAUUCUCCAUGCCGAUUUUUACAGCCAUUUGUGGUGUGAAGCAUAUGCACCAAAAGUUCCCAGUUGAAUAGCAACCAACAAAUAGAAAAGAGAAGACUUUUUGAAGAUCCAUUAUUGUAAUUCAUAGUAAUUGUUUUGCGUAGUCGAUUAAUCAAGACCCUGUUAUCUAAACGCCAUGUUUGAAUAGGGGUAGUGUCUCAGGUAGAUGUAGCUUUUAUUGAUACCGAUAGCUAGAUUGGACUGCAAUUGCAAAUAAUCGAUUAAUCAAAUGAUAGCUUUUUAAAAUGGAUGCUGGCUAAAAAAAAAAAAAAAAAACAGGCAUAACACUCCAUGUAAAAUAGUACUGAACAUUAUUGCAAAACAAAGGGCUGAAUCAUAAAAAUGAAAUGAAUAUUAAUAUAUUAUUUCAUAAAUAUAAUUGUAUAAUUCAUAAACGAUAAAUAAAUAUAACGUAGCACUCUCCGUGCAGCGUGCAGUCUGAGAUCAGUUGGUGCGAGGCAUCAAUGAUUCUUCACAGCCGCUACAGCAUAGAACUCAAGCCGGAAAAACUAUCGGUAUUGAUUUUUGUUGAUACCUGAUAGUUCCAGCAAACAACCACCGGUUGACCAGAUGAAUCGGUUGACCUCUAAUCUCGGACAUCCGUAGUUCCUACAUACCAGAUGUUUUCAUUACUCAUGGCCAUGUUUUGUUUUAUAUACAUGUUAUUGUUAUUGAAUUGUUUGCUUCAUUACUGGAAGACUAAAAGUUUCAUCACAUAGUGACAUAAGUAUGUACUACAUUUGUAUAUUCUAUAAUGAAAUUUUUUAUGAAAAUAAAAACGAAUUGAAUUGAAUUAGUAAAUCGAACGUAAAUUUACACCUAUUGCUGCCAUUGCCACUUUAGUCAACCUGCAGGAUCUGUUUUUGUGACUGUUUUUUUUUCAAUGCAGCAGGAAAUAUUUGUAAAAUAACCAGUAUAAUGAAGUUCACAAAAAAAAAGUACAUAAUUUGGGCUCUUUUAUUCUUUUAUACUUGUAAAGAUUUUGUGUUAUCAUAAAAUGUGUAUGUCCCAGACUAUUAUUUUAAAAAAAGAAUCAUUAUUGAGUAAUUAAUUGGGAAAUUGUUAGUAGUGGCAGUGUGUUUUAGGAAUCAGAUAGAAUGUCCUUUACUAAUAAUUAGGCACGGUUGAUUUGCUUUGAUGUAUUACUGUGUAUUUCAUACAACAGAGAUGAGUUUCGAAACAAUAUAUGUAUGCUUGUUUUGGGUUUUUUCCUAUUUCCUGGGCAGUAAUGGAAAUAGAGUGCACAAUAUUUCCCUUAUAUUACUGUUUUUCAUUUUGAAUGCUUUCCACUGCAUUACAAAUAAUGGCACACAAAUUACACAUUUCUUAUUUUGCUUGUUCAUGCACUCCCUGACACUGCACUGCCAUCUGCUGGAACAAAGAAGCACUUGAAUCAAAAUGAUUUUUUCUUUACGGGUGCCUGACACACUCCAAAUUGCACAAAGAUUGCAUGCUGUUGGUAGGAGCACUGGACAAAUUGUGCUGUAACAUUGAAUCAAAUCUCUAUUAACCUGUUGGAACAAACUGGAAGGAAUCUUCUGUUCCUUUUUUUGGAUGUUGAACCAGUUUUCAGCACAAAACAGGGACUUCUCAUCAACCUGUUUUUUUUUUUUUUUAUGUGAUUUUAUAUGAUGGGAAUUUUAUUUGACCUGCCAGUGGUUCUUAAAACUGAGUUAUACAUGCCAACAACCAUGUCAGCCACGUUCAUCUCUUGUUUGUCAGCGACCGACUGCAUCCUAAUCCUGAGGAAAGUGUGUGAUGCUGACGGAUUUGUGCAUACUUCUUCAACAUAUAAUAGUCUGUCUUUUAUGAAUGUACAAUUAAAUAAUAAAAAAAGAUCUGCACCUGCAUAUCACAGUAGUACCGGCUCUGAGAUGAAGAUACCACCGCUAGAAAAAGUUUAUUCCACAUUUCUGGGUUGUUUUAUCUAGAAACUGCAAAUGUCUUUUUUUUUUUUUUUUUUUUUUUUUAAGCAUAUUUUUAUAUAUUUGUUCUGUCUAACUGCUGAUUUUAAGUACUUUAGAGUGGAAGUAUGGUAGCUCUGUUUUUUCAUCCCAUCAAUCUGAUAAAAUUACAUCCAACUAACAUCAAUCCUGCCAACGUCUGUAUUAGUUUGACCAAUCAUGCCCAUUCCUGAAGAAGUUCUGACCAAUCAUGUUCACUCCUGAAGUUCUUUAGAAAUCCUUAUCCGUUAGUAACUUAGAUCAGUUCUGCCUGAAGGAGGUCCAAACAGUCCUGGCAAAUCUUUUAGGAACUUUGACCAAUCCUGCCACUUUUCUGAAGGCUUUCGCAACAAUCUUUUAAAUCAUUUGACAAAUCCUGCUAAUUCCAAUAGAACGUUUGACCAAUCCAGCCUAUUCCUGUAGAAAGUUUAACCAAUAUUGCCAGUUUCUGAAGAAAGUUUGACCAGUCCUUUAGAAGUUUGACCAAUACUGCUAAUUUCUGAAGAAAGUUUGACCAAUCCUGCCCUUUUUUUUAAAGCUUUCUCAACAAUCUUGCCCAGUUACUAUGUAUUUUGACCAAUCCUGCUAAUUCCUUUAGAACCUUUGUCCAAUCCAGUCUAUUCCUGUAGGAAGUUUUGACCAAUCCAGCCUAUUCCUGUAGAAAAUAUGGCCAACCCUUUAGAAAGUUUGAUUGACCUGCUAAUUCCUGUAGAAAGUUUGACCAAUCCUGACUAAUCUUGAAUUAGUUUUGUUUAAUCCUCCCGUUCCAGAACUUCUGAUCAAUCUUGCCAAUUCCUGCGGGAUUUCCAACAAUCCUGUCCGGUGCUAUAUAAAGCUUGAACAAUCCCGACAGUUUCCUGAAGGAAUUCUGAACAAUCUUUUCAUGCCCCACAAUUCAAAAGUAAAAACAUCUGGAUAUUUUUGUUCCUGAUACACACUUCUGCUCUGUAGUGUUGUUGCUGUUCUGUGUGGUGAAGGUGUGCACUGUUUAUAUGUAGAGCAUUAUUGUGUCCAUAUUCACUUUACAUGCAGCCAAAUGGGGAUUUAUGUCAUUGUCACCAGUUUCAUGUGCAAAUUUGAACUGUUUGCCUGUUUUUAUUUUCAGAAGACCAUGAAUUUGCCUUGAUUGUGAUGUUAAGAAUAAUUUCUUUUCUAAUAUAAAUACUAAAAACAGGGGUUUUUGCCGAUUACCUUUUUUUUUUAAAUAAAUAAACAUUCUAAUUUGUAUGAA